AUGAAGAACUUGAGUAUUGCCAUAAUUUUUUCAUUUGUAUAUUUUGUAGCUGACUAUGUUGCAGCUCAAGCUGGGGUUCUUGACAUAUCAAAAUUUGGCGGAAAACCAGAUGCAGAUAUUACCCAGGCCUUUACAAGUGCUUGGAAUGAAGCGUGCGCAUCAACAACUGCGGCGAAAAUUGUGAUUCCGACUGGUACAUACAAGAUGGGUUUAUUAGAAGUUAAAGGUCCUUGUAAGGCUCCUGUAGAAGUUCAAGUGGAUGGCACAAUUCAAGCACCUGUGAACAAUGCCGACCUUAAAGGAGCUGAACAAUGGAUCAGGUUUGAUGGUAUAGACUUCUUAACCGUAUCAGGAAAAGGAGUUUUUGAUGGUCAAGGUGCAGCUGCAUGGAAAGAUGCUGCAAUUGCUUGGAAAGAUAAAAAAAAUGGACAAGGGAGCAACUUACGCGCAAUGAAUUUGUAUUUUUUUAACUGCAAAAAUUCCCUGGUGACUGGAAUUACAUCUAAGGAUAGCAAAUAUUUCCAUUUUAUGGUUUUGGGGUGUACCAAUAUCACAUUUGACGGCGUCACAAUUAUAGCCCCUGACGAAAGUCCUAAUACUGAUGGAAUCCACAUAGGAAGAUCCAAUGGUGUUAAAAUUAUUAAUACCAACAUUGGUACUGGAGAUGAUUGCGUCUCAUUGGGUGAUGGUAGUGAACAAGUAACUGUCCAAAAUGUGAAUUGUGGACCUGGACAUGGUAUUAGUGUUGGAAGCCUUGGAAAGUAUGAUAAUGAAGAGAAUGUAGCAGGUUUUAUAGUUAAGAAUUGUACUCUGACAGGAACUCAAAAUGGUGUGAGGAUUAAGACUUGGCCUGAUUCACCAGGAAAAAUUACUGUUACUGAUAUGCAUUUUGAAGAUAUUAUCAUGAAUAAUGUCAUGAACCCUAUCAUCAUUGAUCAAGAGUAUUGUCCAUGGAACCAGUGUUCCAAAAAGAAUCCAUCACUAAUAAAGCUAAGCAAGGUUACAUUCAAAAACAUUAAGGGCACAUCUGGAAUAGCAGAAGGAGCUAUUCUUAUUUGUAGCAGUGGUGUACCGUGCGAUGGUGUUGAGUUAAAUAAUAUUGAUCUCACAUUCAAUGGAGCACCAACAGUAGCUAAAUGUUCUAAUGUUAAACCUUUAGUUACAGGAAUAGCUCCUGCUUGUGGAGCUACAACAGCUUCACCAGGUUCAGCUUCAGCUUCAGCUCCAGGUUCAACUCCAGCUUCAGCUUCAGCUCCAACUUCACCAGGUUCAACUCCAGCUUCAACUUCACCAGCUACCGGUUCUGCUUAA